AUGGGGGUGGAGACGGUCCUUUGGGGCUGCCUUCAGAUGUCUUCUAAAGCCUUUAUACUUGCUUGUCUCCUUGGUACAGGCGUGGCAUUACUCCAUACCCUCCAGGAUUUCUCAGGGGAAAAUAGGCAUGUCUUAAGGAAAAGCAGGACAUUCUUAGAUCAAAUCAGAAACCAGGUCGGCUUCUGUAAAUCUGGGAGGAGGAGCGUUGGCGCAGGGUAUAAAAGGCUCCAGCCCUGGAAGAAGCUCCAGCUCAGCCCAGAAGGUUUUCUCCAGCAGCCGAGAGAAGCUCCCAGCCCACAGCCAGCCAUCAUGGCCGAGAUGCAGAUCACCACCACUAUUUUGAUGGGAAUGGAUGUGGCCGUCAUUAGUCCAGAAGCCCUUGCCAGGUAAGUCCAGGGGUGGUUGCCUCUCUAGGCAGGUUGGGCAGGUGCUCCUCUUUCCACCUGGAUAAUAACCAUCCAUGGCUCUCCCUUUUUCCUUCCUUCCUUCCUUUGUUCCUUCUCUGCAGCCUGCUGGUGGUCUACCCCUGGUGCCAGAUGCUCUUCGGUCGCAUAGAGAACCCUUUCCAGCCCUCCCUCUCAUUAGGAACCUCUCCAGCCCUCCUUGCACGAGGUCAAGGAGGCUUUUUCCGAGCUGCCUGAACUGCUGUGCGACAAUCUCCACAUGGACCCCGUCAACUUGAGGGUGAGGCUGCUCCCCCACCCCAAGGGGCUGCCUGGCAGGGGGGACUGGGGGUGCCGUGUGUGUGUGUGUCACUCUGGGUGGCUCACAGGACAUAAAACAUUAGACAUUAAAAAUUUCCUGCUACAGGAUUGCCUUCAGAUUUCAGUUAGUUGUUUAUUUCCUUGACAUCUGGUGGGAGGGCAUUCCACAGGGCGGGCGCCACAACCGAGAAGGCCCUCUGCCUGGUUCCCUGUAACCUUACCUCUCACAGUGAGGGAACCAUAUGGGGGGCAUUGCAGUAGUCCAAGCGGGAGAUAACUAGAGCAUGCACCACUCUGGUGAGACAGUCUGCGGGCAGGUAGGGUCUCAUCCUGUGGACCAGAUGGAGCUGCCCUGGACACAGAAAUGACCUGUGCCUCCAUGGACCGCUGUGAGUCCAAAAUGACUCCCAGGCUGCGCACCUGGUCCUUCAUGGGCACAGUUACCCCAUUCAGGACCAGGGAGUCCCCCAGACAGCCGCUUGCCCCCAGUCCACCCUAAACAGUGCUUCUGUCUUGUCAGGAUUCAGUCUCAAUCUGUUGAAUCUGUUGUGGGAUCUGUUGUGGGGAGAGGGUGUCCCACGCAUGGGCCCCCUGGCAGAAGGAGUCACCCUCUCUUUUCUCUUCCAGCUCCUGGGCGAGGUCCUCAUCACCCUCCUGCUAGCCCCCCCUUGGACAGGAAUUCACCCCUGCUUGCCACCAUGCCUUCCACAAACUCGUCAGGGUGGUGGCUCAUGCGCUGGCCUGCCGGUCCCACUGAGACACCCCCAGGAAGAAGCGGCCGCCUCCUGCUGGUCUCCCCUUCCAGGCCCCAUGUGA